CCACGCACGACUGACCGCCUCCGCAACUCAAUGGGCGGCUGACAGUUUUUUCUUUCUUGAGGCCCAAGUCAGGAUCCCAAAACCCUCCACAUAAAUAUCAAAUCCGGGCACGAUUUUGAAUUCUUUUACACCAAACGCGCCCACAGAGAUUUCUUACAAAGCCAAAUCCCAUUGCUGUUCCCUCUCCAGGUGCAGGAAAUUGGUCGAGCUGAUUUUUCUGGGUUUUGAGGUCGCAAAAGCCAUGACAACUCCUCUAGUAGUAGGUGCUUCCGUGGCAAGUGUUGCCUUAGGGGCAAGAUACUUGAUUGCAGCAUGGCAAGCAUUCAAAGCUCGCCCUCCAAUUCCCCGUGUUCGAAGGUUUUAUUAUGGUGGGUUUGACAAGGUCAUGACUCGGCGAGAAGCGGCAUUAAUUCUCGGAGUCAGAGAGAGCACUGUGAUUGAGAAGAUUAAGGAGGCUCAUAGGAGAGUGAUGAUGGCAAAUCACCCUGAUGCCGGUGGGAGCCACUAUCUGGCUUCCAAGAUAAACGAAGCCAAGGAUGUCUUGACAGGUAAGAGUAAGGGAGGAAGCUCAGCAUUUUAGAUGAUACAGGUCAGGUUACCAAUGUAUAUUUGAGGGUUAUUCAUUUAGAAGGGGGGGAAGCUAUACAUUUGAGGUUUUGAUAUUGAGUUUCUCUCCCAAAACAUUGGGUUACGUUGUACGUGUAUGUGAUUUUGCCAAAUUGGCGGCUUCUCAUCAUUGUUAUAGAAGCAUUCACACCUCUCCUUUUUGCUGUU